AUGGAAUUAACAGUGCGCUUUUAUGCAACUGGAGGCAUGCUGCAAACUAUUGGCGAUUUGUUUGGUGUCUCAAAAGCUACAGCCUCACGAGUUAUAACGUGCACUUCACACCAUAUAGCAAUGCUGAGAAAAGAUUUUAUAAAUUUUCCAAACAGGGUUGAGGAAAUAAAAGAAUGUCAAAGGAACUUCUUUAAAUUGGCUAAAUUUCCUCGCCNUGUUGCGUCUAUCGAUUGUACACACGUUAAAAUUUUAUCUCCAGGUGGUGAAGAUGCUGAGCUGUUCCGGAACCGAAAGGGCUUCUUCUCGAUUAAUGUUCAAACACUUUGUGAUAGUCAACUUCGCAUCCUAGACAUUGUUGCGCGGUGGCCCGGUUCAGCCCAUGAUGCGAUGAUAUUUCGUAACUCAAGGAUUCGUUUUCGUUUGGAAUCAGACGAGUUUGGUAACGGACUUGUUGGCGCCGAUAGCGGAUAUGAAAAUACUAAUAGAGUUAUCACGCCCCUGGCUCAGGUUAAUACCCGUGCUGAAAAUUUGUUUAACGAAUCUCUCAUUAGAACACGGAAUUGUGUUGAGCGAUCAUACGGUGUCUGGAAGCGCCGGUGUCCUGUGCUAUCCUUAGGCUUACGGAUGCACUUACAAAAAGUUCAUAGUAUUAUCGUGGCGACAGCGGUUUUGCACAAUAUUUGCUGUGCUCAUAGCGACAAAGUUGCUCCGCAACUUUCAGCAGAUUUUCAGAAUAUUGUUGAUGAACUCUCCGUACCGAGCAAUCGCUCUGGUGAUGAUCGGAGCGCAAGAGGUUCUACCAGAAGAUCUUUAAUUAAUAAUUAUUUCUUCACAGCUUAA